AUGCUUCCUCAGGAAGGUAUCUGGCGUAAUGAUCUGAUGGUCAUCUUAGGUAAAAAAUGCAAUUAUUGGUCAUAUUGCUUCACCGAGGCGACUCUACGAUCUGCUGUUGUUUUUCGCAACUUAAACCAAUACAAACCUGUACUGGUUCUCUUCUUUUUUUCCUUGUCGGACAGUUGCCGCACUAGAUCUGUUGGGCUAGAGACAGAGACAAGAGACGACCGCAAUUGGCAAGAAAGGAAAGGAACAACAGGACUGGCGCGAAACGGCAUGGAAGUGCCGCGCACUUUUGUGCGCACUGUAAAGGCCCAAGAUUUGCGCUUCAGCCAAGUAGAUAGUGUGCUACACGACAUCAAGACGAAGAACUCGCCUACGUGGGUCAUUUUCACCUUUGCGGACCAACGGGAGAAGCGAAAUACUUUGAAAUUGCUUGCGUCCGGACACGGUAGCAUCUCGGAUCAGUCACAGUGGCCGGCCGAGCUCUUCUCACCUAACUCUCUUUGCUAUGGGCUAACAAGCAUCGAUUGCUACGACGAGAACUCAGCGCCGACUAACGUUCUGUCAUUCUGUUGGAAGGGACGCAACCUUCCUAUAUAUCUUCGAACAAAGUAUGCAGAGUUUAAUCAAGUCAUUAAAAAACAUAUGGGCGCCGUCGCACACGUGAUACUGCACAAUCCAGAAGAACUUAUGGAUGGAUCGGUAUUUUUGCGAACUCCGCGGCGGCGACCACGAAGUUCGUCUAGGCGAUUUAUUACGAACGAUAUCGAAUUCACUCCAGAGGUGACGACAACGGUACAGGAUAUUCGAUCGGAUACCUCUCCAUUCAACUGGGUUGUCUGUGGUUAUGAUCUCUCCGAUAUUGAGACUUCGACUCGUAGAAUGAUCGUCGUGGAAAAGGGCAUGACUGGGUUGUAUGCUUUAAAAGGAAUUGGUGGAAUUACGUCGGUUUUAGAGGAGGGAAGCACAAUGUAUGUUUACUUAAGAGUGGAUGUUCCGCUGCAUCGCGGAACUGAGCGAAUCGUGUCGAAAUACGUUCUAGUUACAUGGCAGAGCUCAGAAAGUAACUUUAUUGGUGGCACAUCAGAUGACGAGAUCGAUGCUUGGUUUGGACCUGGGUCAAAUGGAGAGCGAUCACCUCAACGCCGAGAUUCAUUUGCAUCUAACUCUAAGCUUCAGCGUGCUGUAACUGCUCAUGUUCACGGUAGCGAAAUCUAUCGUGUCUUUCCUCACCACGUUCAUUUCUUUGCUAGUACUCAGUCUGAAAUAGCGGAAGAAGCUAUUCGUGAGCGUAUUAGACGGGCAGUGGACAAUGACUGCUUGUUGCUUCGAGUCGUUUGUAUCCAAGCUUCAGGUGAUACACAAGCACCCGUAUGCCUAGAAAUUCCAUUCGAUGCCACAGUUGGUGUGUUACGUCAAGAGAUUGCUUCGAACAUUGGAAUUCCGAAGUAUCGACAACGAAUCGUUUGGAUUCGGCAGACUGAUGAUUUGGCCAAAGACUCCCAGCUGUCAACCGCAGUGAUGCUGGAGGACGAGAAUGCAGGCAUUCGAAAAGACAUUGGACUUGCUCACGGUGAUAAAAUACACGUCGAUGACAAAGACAAUGGCAAGAAUUCAGUCCUUGCGAAGCUUUUUGAGCAGAUCAACUCGGGCGAUGCAGCUGUAAGUUUGUCAGCUGAAAGACGACACGAAGUUCAGCGAGGAGUUGAAGCUCGUGAAGCUGAACUGAGAAAGAUUUUAACUAUGACGCACUAUUUAAUUCGGCGUAAGGCGAGUGAAAAUCUGAAGCCCACCGCGCGCAUGGUUGACGCAAUCGACGAAUCUUUAUCCCGCGAUAGAACGGAAUCAGAUUUGCUGACUUCAACAAGUCAGCAUAAAGUUGUAAAUCGAGCAGACCCGUCCUUGACCAGGUCAAUUUCUGAGGAGCUUGCGAAAGAAGAUGUCUCAACAUUACAGGAGCACGCACGCGUUCUUGAAUCGCAAAACCAGUAUUUGGAAAUUCCAUUCGAAAGUAUACACAUCUUGAAUGGCAAGGAGAACGAAUUAGGCUGUGGCAAGGCCGCUACAGUCUACCGUGGACUAUGGAUGAAUUGUAAUAGCGCUGCCGAGGUGGCUGUGAAGUCGUUUCGUUAUGCUCGGUUGACAGACAAAAUUCUUGGCGAUUACAAACAAGAAGUGGCACUGUUAAGAAAAUUGAAGCACCCGAAUAUUGUCUUAUUUAUCGGGGCAUGCACAGAUCCAAAGCUGAUGAUUCUUACGGAAUAUUGCUCUCGCAAAAGUUUGUUCGAAGUGAUUCACAGCAACAAUUUCGAGACGAUUCCAUGGAAGUUUAAAGUACGAAUGAUGCUUGAUGCAGCACGAGGCAUACAGUAUCUUCACUCGAUGCGCAUUAUCCAUCGCGAUAUAAAGUCCCAUAAUUUUUUAGUGGAUGACGACUGGCGAGUCAAGGUGGCUGAUUUCGGCAUCAGUAAGGUGCUUGAUUCGGAUACUGCCUUUACACAGUGUGGAACAACUGGAUGGGUUGCCCCUGAAGUUCUGCUGGACGAAGACCUGGGCUAUACAUUCAAGGCUGACAAUUGGAGUUUUGCCAUUGUGAUGUGGGAAAUGAUCGCUAACGGCCUCCAGAAUCCAUUUAUUGGAAUGGCUCCUAUCAAGUUUUAUAACAAAACGAUUAAUGCCGGAAUUCGCCCCCCUAUUCCUGAAGGCAUGGACAGCGAGUAUAUUAAUCUCAUCAUCGAGUGCUGGAAGUCAGAUGCGGCGGAUCGGCCUUCCUUCGAUGUGAUCGUGUCUCGGUUGGAGCAUAUGCUGCUGGAUCUAGGCGGCAGCAUUGACUUACCGCCAACAUUUCAAGGUGGUUACCACCAGGCUAGUCACGUAUCAAGCUCGUAA